AUGAAGGAACUUGUUGGAAGUAGGUGUUUGAUGGAUUGCCAUGUUGAGAAGACCCUAGAUGGGGUGGGUAGAGUUGUGAAAAAGGCUGAUAGGGAUGUGAAGGAGGUUGAGAAGGUUCUUGUGGAGUAUCAUACUGUUAACAAAAGUAAUAUGGCUGCUUAUAGCAAACAUAGUUUAAAGUGGGAAAUAAGGAAAAUCGAUGCACUUCAAACGUGCUUGUCUACAAAUGUAUCUCCUGAUCAUACGAAUCUUGAUUCCAACCAAAUUGCUUCCAUUGUGUUUCAUUGUGUGAAGACAAACCCUUCCAUACCAAUCAAAAGUGUGAUCUCCAAAAUUUCUAAUCGUUUUGGGUAUUCAGUUUCAUAUCAAAAAGCUUGGAAUGCUAAACAGAAGGUGUUGGCUAAAGCAUUUGGAGAUUGGGAAGACUUGUACAACGAACUUCCAAGGUGGUUUGAAGCUGUUCAACAAACCAACCCAGGCACAAUAAUUAAAUACAUUAGUUCUCCCAUUGUAGUUAAAGGUCAAUUUGACCCUUUUUCUUAUAUUUUGGAACGCGUAUUUUGGGCUUUUGGACCAUGCAUCCAAGGGUUUAAUUAUUGUAAGCCAAUUGUACAAGGGAAUGGCACAUUUCUCACAAGGAUAUAUCAAGGGACAUUGCUCACAACACUAGCUCAAGAUGAGACUCGUAACAUUUUUCCUUUGGCCUUCGCGAUAGUUGAAGGUGAGACAAGAGAGGCUCUAAUAUGGUUUUUCAGUAUAUUAGCAGCCCUACGAUCUGAACAAGUUCGAUGGGAAGGAGAAGGGCUUCAAUCUGUAUAUUUCAUACGUCAUAUCGCUUCGAAUUUCAAUAAGAGGUUCAAAAACCAAGAUUUGAAGAACCGAUUACUUAACAUGGCUUACGAGGUCAAACAACCUAUAUUCAAUGCAAAAUUGUCAGCAUUGAGAUCUCAUUCAUCUGAAGUGGCUUCUUGGGACAGGAUACCAUUACAAAAGUGGACUCAGGCAUACGAUGGUAGUAGUAGAUUCGGUCACAUGACAACAAACUUGGCUGAAUGCAUGAAUUCUAUUCUAAAAUGA